CUAAUAAAAAAGGUUUAGAUCAUUUUUAAUUAGUAAAUCUAAAUUCCAAACCAUGUACUCUAAACUUAGAAGGCAAUUUCUACAUGUUAUGUGGCCCGAUAUUCUUUUUCUAUCUUCAAGGAAAAGGGAGAAGUACUGUAUAGAUAACAUCAUAAGAGUUGCACAUGCUUGCAUUAAAUUAAAGGCAGAAGUAUCCAGCUUAGUUUCACAAUAGCAGUCGUUGUUACUGAAUUUGACAGACUCAAACCAACUGUACAAAACACACACACAACACAAACAUUACAGAGAAUCUGAGAGAGACAUUUUGGAAGAGAAAUGGUGUAACAAUGAGGUUCUCUUACUCACUUAGAAGCAAACAUAUUUGUGAGUUCUUAGGGGGAUGAACCCUAAUCAAUGAUACUCUCUUUCUCUCUUAUUUUGGACCCUCCAAUAUUGACACUUCUCCAUCUAUGUAACCUCCCAGGAGACAAUAACCAUUUCAUCAUCUCUAUCUCUAUCUUGUGAACUACAUUCGUCCCCGUCUACUUGUACGGUGCUUUUUGAUCGAUUAAAACUCACAUGUAAAUGCUAAGUUACCUUAUCAUACAGAUUCAUAAUCAGAGUUUAUAUCUGCCAAGUAUAAUCCUGCUCACAUUUAGCAACAUCAUUGCAGAGUUCUGUAGUACUCCAUGUAGACAAGUCAAGAAGUGAUCUGAUUCUAGAGCCAAGCAUUUCUGCAGAUCAAACUGAUGCAUGAAUCAUAAACCAGGGUCAACUUUUGAUAGAAUAGAUUAAUAUACUUUACCUAAAAAGUUUUGUUGCUUUUUCAUUUAAGUAUUAGUUUUGAAGUUUUACUUUUUAUAUUCGAUUUUAAGCCGUCUUUUUUUCUUUUCAGUUGCAUUCCUACAUAAAAAUUUCAAAUGAUUAAAAGAAAACAACUUUAAGGAAUUAACCUUAUAUUCCAAGAUAUUCGUCUCCAAGAGUUAAGAGAAAACUUAGCAUAGAUCUUUAGUCUAAUUCUUGCGGGAACACAUGUUCCUAUCAACUUUCUCGAAGAAGAUUUAGACCCAUCCCUGGACUCCUUCCUUCAGAUCUUAUCUCCUCUCUAUCUCUGCUCUUAUUCACUUAUGGAGUAGUCUUAAUCCCCCCCAUGAACUUCAAGAACUCUGACAGCAAUUUGAACUAAGCAAAAAAAGUGUAGAGCAGUUUUUUUAUUGCACAUCAAUCUAAUUAUAGAGUGUGUGUGUUCGUACAAUUUCGUAUGAAAAUGCAACUUUAUGAGCAAAAAUGAUUGAAUAAAAGUACUGUAUCAUUUUAAAGUUGCCCAUAUCUCACCCCUUUUGGCUACCUGUCAUGUUCAAACAUUUAAUGAGGAGCUCUGAUAACUCUACUUCAUAUAUAUAUAAACCCAUUCUUCACCUUGUACUCUCAUCCAAAGAUACAUCCUCUCAUCACAACAUUCUAUCUAUCUUAACUUACUAUAUAUCAAUCUUCUCCUCCUACUAAAAUGAAGAGCAAGUUCAUCAAGUCCUGCGAAAAGAAACUCAAAAUGAUGACAUGCAAAGUCAUAACCCCUUGUACGUUUUGCAAGACAUGCUGCCAAAGAAUUUACCAGGCGUUCGAGAAGAAAGCUGAGGUGAUACCAAAGGAUGUCCCCAAGGGACACUUGGUUGUCUAUGUCGGUGAGGAGUCCAGGAGGUUUGUGAUAAAGAUCAGCUUGCUUACACACCCACUCUUCAAGGCAUUGCUGGAUCAAGCACAGGAUGCUUACGGUUUCAGUGCUGACUCCAGACUAUGGAUUCCAUGCGAUGUGAGUACCUUCCUCCAUGUUGUCCGUUGCGCUGGUGCUCCACGGCGUCAGAACAAGUGCAUGUGUAUCUAGGAAGGUUCUUGUACUGGGAACUCGAGACAUUCAUUGAUUUAUCCGGGUCCACGUUUCCCAAAGAGAAUGUUUGUUAAUGCUAAGCUAUUGCACUACACUAAGAAUGUAAAACUUUUUGUAUUGAAUGUCAAUAAUUCAGCUGGGAGAAAAUGUUAUUAGCUAAAUGGCAAGCAAUAAACUCAUUUAAAGUUAUGUAUCACACUUCUCCAUCUCCAACGCCACACGUGAAGCCACUAAUGCCCGAGCUUGUUACUCAAUAGAACACAUUAAAACAUGAAAAGUGACUGAAGAAACAUACAAGAGAGAAAGCACAUAACAGUUUCACCUUCCCACACAUCUCAAGACAAAGGCCGAGCCGUCUUGAGAGCAUUGUAUUGCUCCGGGAAUACGUUUGCAAAACAUAUGGCAGAUUCGGGUACGGGCAUGAAUGGUAAUUGAGAUACUCAUAUUAAUUACACUUCUUUGAACAAUAGUAUUUGAGAUAAAUACUAUUGAUCAAAGAAAUGUAAUUGUGACCAAAAUAUUAAUUACACUUCUUUGACCAAUAGUAUUUGAGAUAAAUAAAAUUAUUUAUAAAAUCAAUGCAAUUUGUAAUUAAUUUUCAACUGAAAGUAAGUAUAAUUUGCAUUGGAAUUGUAAAAUGACAUUUUUUGUGUAACAAGAAAAAAAUGUUAGAAUGAUACUUAUUAUGAAAUAGAGGGAGUAUACAUUUUUGGAUUGAGUUAGUUUGUAUAAACCUAAUAAUAUCCAAAUAACCUAUAUGUUUAUAAAUGUCAUCAAACAACUUAUAAAAAAAAAGUAAAAAUUAUCGCCUGCACGCUCCCAUUACUUACCUAAUUUUAAGUGAUUUCUUACCUUUUUUUCAUAAAUCAAGUCCAUAAUAGAAACCACCAAGUUUACCCAAAGAGAUGGUUUAGUUUUUGUCGGAGUGUUCACACAAUAAAAGGAUCUUGUCAUGCAGUGUUUGCCUCUUAACAAUUUAGUACAGAUGAUCCAAAUGGAGAGAAAAUACAAAUGGAGUUUCGACUGAAUAAAAUAAAACCAAUACGUCGAAUACAAUUAGAGUUUGAAACGUACUUAAACGAAGAGAAGAUUCUAACGCCUAUUGGGAAAGGCAAAAGAAACAUACUCCAUUUUUUGACCCAAAAAAAAAACAUACUCCAUUUUAGUAAUGCAAGAGACAGAGUGCUCAUUGGCCGAUGCGACAAUGGUUUAGGAAGUCGAUAAAACAGUUAAACACUCAUAUCUCAAGUUUGUCUAAUCUUCCUAAACCCUAUGGUGCCAUCUUCUCAAUGUUUGACGGUUGCUGGAGUAUUAUUAGUCUCAAUGCAAAAAAAAAAUAUUUUACCUUUUAAUUGAUCCAUGCAUUUUAUUGGCGUUUUCGAAAAUAAUGGCGUUUUCGAAAAUAAAAAUAUUUUAGCCUUUUUACAAUUUUCAAUAGAGUAGCUUGACGAAAAUAAAGUAAAAAACAAGUUCAACUAUAUCCGAAUAAAAUCUGACUAUCUGUAUAAUUAAGAUAUUGAUCACAUCAUGCUUAGGAAUGAUUAAUUAAAUUCUGGUGUUUAACCCUAAUUGAUAUAUCUAAAUUUCUUAUUCAAACCUUUUUCAAAUCUAUCUACAAGAUCACACAACUUGAAGUCUUGAACAUAUCCAUGCUCUGUUUUAAUCUAUCUACAAAAUCUUUUUACCACUUAUUUGCCAAAAAAAUUAUAACAUUGAUUGAUGACUUUGAAUUUGUCAAUUUCUUAAUAUGAGGAUUAGGCCUGGGCAGUUCGGGUCUUCGGGUCGGGUUCGGGCCGGUUCUUUCGGGUCCGGGUCUUUUUGGGUCCUAAAUAUUUAGACCCAAUAGGUACUUAGAAAUUUUCGGUUCAGGUCGGUUCUUCUCGGAUCCGGGUCGGUUCGGGUCUAUAAUUAAAAUACCCAUAAAAUACCCGUAAUUUUUCGGGUCCAUAUCGAGUCCGGG